GUACUGGUCCCGGCACCCCCAUACUGGUCCCAGUGAUCCCAUAGUGCUCCCAGCAUGCCGUACUGGUCCAUGCUCCGCACUGAUCCCGGCGCCCCCCCCCCGGACUGGUCCCAUUGACCUCGUCCAGACCCCAGUGCCCCCCAGCAGCGCACCAGUAACGCCCAGCAUCCCCCAGUCCCAGUGCCCCCCCCUCCCCCCCAGUCCCUUCCCAGUAUCCCCAGUUUGGCGGGGGGGGGGGCCGCACGCUAUGGGUCGAGGGCGGCUCUUGGGGGGCUGCGCUUGGCUGCUGGGGGGGCUGGCGCUGCUGCAGACCCUUUACCUGCGAGCGCUGCCCCCCCCCGCCCCCCCCCGUCGGCCCCCCCAUAAACCGCUGCCCCCCCCCAGGGGGGUUCUGGAUGCUUCCGGAACCUUCCGGUUGUAUCGGGACGUGUUGGGGGCCCCCCCCCCACAUUGGGCUCCCCCCCCCGACUUGGUCCUGGCCACGCACGGGACCCCCGGGCGGGCGGCGGCGGCGCUGGGGGGGGCGCUGGAAGGGGGCAUUUGGGGGGGACCCCUCUCGGUCGCGGUCUUUGGGGUCCCCCGGGCUGGGCUGGGGCAGCUCCUGCGGGCAAUGGGGGGGCCGUGCCGGGGGCUCCGGGGGCGCCUGCGGCUCCACGUGGUGCUGGGGGCGGCCGAGCCCCCCCCCAUCGUGACCCCCCCUUUCCCCCGAGCCCCCGGGGGGUGCAGGGGGGCUCUGGAGCGCGUGGCGGCCGCGGACCCCCCCAGUUACACUUUGGGGGUGCCGUACCCCGGGAACCUGCUGCGGAACCUGGCUUGGGCUGGGGCGGCCACGGGGGGGGGCUAUGGGGGGGGAAAUGGGGGUCCCGCCCCCCCCGGCCCUAUGGGGAGCCGCUUUGUGCUGCUGCUGGAUGCGGAUGUGGUACCCAGCCGGGGGCUGCGGGAGGGGUUCCUGAGGGCGCUGAGAGGGGAGGGACCCCCAUUGUGGGGAGAUGGGGGGGGCUCCCCAUUAUUGCAGGCAUCUGAUGGCCUCAAAGGGGUCCCCAAUGCCCUGGACCCCCCCCAUGGUUUUGGGGUCCCCAGUGAGCAUCAGGGGCUUAACGCCCUCGGGGUCCCCAAUAGGGUGGGGAGCCCCAAGGAUGUCCUGGGGGUCCCUAGUGUCUUGGAGGUCCCCAAUGUCCCAAGGGACCCCAACAUCCUAAAGGACCCCAAUGUCCCAAAGGACCCCAAUGUCCUAAGGGCCCCCAAUGCCUUGGAGGUCCCCAGCAUCCUAAAGGACCCCAAUGUCCCAGAGGACCCCAGCAUCCUAAGGGACCCCAAUGUCCUAAAGCACCCCAAUGCCUUUGAGGUCCCAAGCAUCCUAAAGGACCCCAAUGGCCCAAAGGACCCCAAUGUCCCAGAGGACCCCAAAGCCUUGGAGGUCCCCAGCAUCCUAAAGGACCCCAAUGGCCCAAAGGACCCCAACAUCCUAAAGGACCCCAACGUCCCAGAGGACCCCAAAGCCUUGGAGGUCCCCAGCAUCCUAAGGGACCCCGAUAUCCCGGAGGACCCCAAUGCCCCAGGUCCAACGCAGCCGCCCUGGACCCACGUGGUGUUCGUGCUCCCAGCCUUUGAGGUGCGUUUGGGGACCCCGGUGCCAGGGACGAAGGCAGAGCUGCGGCGGCUGUGGGGCACGGGGGAUGCUCGGCCCUUCUAUGGGGCGCUGUGCCCCCGGUGCCAGGCACCCACGGACUAUGGGCGCUGGUGGGCGCUGCCGCCCGCCCCACACCUGCGAGUGGCCUAUGAAGCCCCAUGGCGUGACCCCUGGGAACCCUUUUAUGUGGGGCCGGCCCACAGCGUCCCCCCCUUCGAUGAGCGCUUCCUGCAGUACGGCUUCAACCGCAUCAGUCAGGCGUGUGAGCUGCACGUGGCCGGGUUCCGUUUCGCGGUGCUGGACGGGGCCUUCGUGGUUCACAGCGGCUUCAAGGAGGCCGCGGGGUUCCACGGGGGCCGCGGCGCGGAGCAGCACCGGAACCGCCUCCUCUUCCGCCGCUUCCGCACCGACCUGCGCCAGCGCUACCCGGGCUCCGCGCGGCGCUGCUGAGCCCGCACCGGCACCC